GCAUGUUGUAUAAGCCGGCCUUGCGUUUGCUUGCCCAGCCGAGAGCGCCGGAUUUUCAGCAUACUUCCGCCCUGAGGCUGGGGUGGAGCAGAAUAAACAAAGUCCUUGGAGAAGCAAGAGGGCGAAAGCAGCGGGCAAAGAGCGGUGCCUGGAAGGAGGACAGGCUGGGCAGCACAUUUGGGGAGUCUCGGUUUGGUUGAGGUUCAUUUUUUUCUGGCGACGAUGGCUUCUGAGGAUCAGAAAGUUCAGGCCUCUUCCCCUGACCAAAAGGACCAGAACCAUCCCAGUUUUCCACCUUCAAAUGUUAAUCUUGAAGAAAUUGCGAGGAUCCGUCAAGAGUGUAAAGAGGAAAGUUUUUGGUACCGAGCUCUGCCUCUGUCUCUUGGAAGUAUGCUUGUGGUUCAAGGACUAGUUGCCCAUGGUACUUUGAAAGCAAACCCAAGAUUUGGAGCACUGCCUAAAAUGGCCCUUGCUGGUGGCUUGGGUUUUGCUAUCGGAACUAUGUCGUACAUGAGAACAUGUCAGAAGAAGUUUCAGAGUAUUGGUUUUCAUCCGUUUGGACCCAAAUGGCAUUGUCCUCAUACUUGCAAAGAAUGCAAAGCUCUGCAUGAAAAAAGUGAACUUGAAAAAUCCAAGAGUCCCAUUUCUUAAAAGAUCUCACUGAAUUAAGCAAUGGAAUCAUCAAGGUACCUGUUCUAUUAAAGCAACGACGUCAACAUUUUGUAAAAAUCUACCUACCUUUUGUGUAUCAUAACAAGAUUUUUAAUAAAAGUAUAAAGUUUUAAGAA